CACGUCUAGGCAAGGGGGACCACACGGAGCAGUUUGUUUAUGUGCACCAGGAUGUCUCGUGAAUCGUCCAUAGAGAGAUGAAACUUUCAUGAAGUUAUUCUGCAAUCCUUUGCCAAAGGCAUCUGGGAGGGUUGCCUUAUUUCUUCUGCCAUGGUAGGACACUUUCCUACACCACUCAGUGAUUACUUCAGCAGACACCAUUGCAAUACAUAAGCCAGCAGCAUACGGGCCCGGGUGGCAUUGGGAGAUUCUCCUCUUUCUGCCUCUGUUACCCUUAGGGGUGAGAUCAGCUAAAAUCUCCACCAUCACCUGUAGAAAACAAUGCCAGUAUUCCAUGCCAUUGCCCUGUACACACAUACAUUCUCAUGCCUGUGAGUUUUUCCCCACUUGUGUUCCCAACCCCCUUCUUACUCCUGAGGGCCAUACUCGCCGUGGCUGGUGCUGUGACUGGUGCCGUGCUGUAUCAAUUCCAAGGAGAAGUGAGAAUGUAGUGCUUACACCUUUCUGGGAUCAAGGGGACUGAGUUCAGUAUCCUAAGUUUCAAUUUCUGGUGUGAAUAGCUUGAUAGUGGUACCUCUGUGUGCUAUAUCUGCAGCUGAUGGUAUUGUGGCCUUGAGGGUCUCUUGUGGAACAAUUGUGUCAAAUGAGGAGAAAGAAAAGGACUCAAGAUGACAUGUUCCAGGAGAUGCUGCAAGUCUGAGUUGCAUCAGAGAACGAGACUAGGGCCUGGAGGAUGAUCCUUGCAGACAGCAUGGAGAAGGAAAGAGUGGAGAGGAGAAAGGCCUGGGAGUCCAAGCAGGAAAAGGAGAGUGAGAUGCACCAAGACAUAAUUGGGGUUCUCAGGCAACAAACUGAGAUGCUGUAGACUCUGGUAGACCUGUAGGUCCAAUAAUCCCAUGCUCGCCUUCCUCUGCAACCCAGACACAACUCAAUAUGUGGACCUCCCUAUCCGCCGUGCUUCCCCCCCAACAUUCCACGUGGCAUCAGGGGCUGCUCCUCUACUCCUACUACUUCAUCCUUGGAGACCAUUAAAGAUAAUCACAGCUGCACAUAUGCUGAUCUAUGAAAGACAUGCUUGGUGUAUGUGUACCUAAAAUGGAAAUGACUGCUCUUUUGCCUUCGUAAGUUGUUUCUCCCUUCAUUUUUUAAAUUUUAUAACAUUCUAAAUAUAUUUAUUUGCCUGGUUCAUGUUACAGAAGAAUACAAUUUUAUUUUUUGGCACAUCAUUUAUCUUGUAAUUCACAAUAUAUGCUAACUGGUGCUGAGCAGGUCUAACACCCAGCAAUUUCCUGUUACUUCAUUUGAUCACAGGAUUCAUAACCUAAUUCUCAGACAAUAUUAAUAGGUGCAUUGGCAAUGUUAUAUUCCUGCACACACAGCUCUCACUGAAAGAUUCAUAUUCAUCUGUAAAAGAGCAAGGCAACUACAAUACAAUGGUUGGAAAAUGGGAGUGGGGAGGAAAUCCCCCAAAUGACCUUUGUCUAGUAGUAAUGCAACUAGGUUUGACCCUUUAUUUAUAGUUAUUUGUAAACAAAUACAUUCAGCUAUAUGGUCAGUAUUACAUCAUAGGCAACUGAAGAGCAAGUGAGGGCUGGGUAAUCAAAUUCACAAUUUAUAUUCGGUACUGACCAUCUCCAGAAAGGUCAGUAGUGAACAGUUCAUGGAGCACAUUCUAAUCAUUAAAGCACAGUAAGCAUUUAUAAGGUCAUACUGUCAUUGCCAGAGUGGUGUAAAGGAGCCUUAUUGUAAAUGUAAAGGAGCAUUAAAACUUUACACCUGUUUUAUGCUCCUGGGGGAAUUCACUAAGAAUGAGAACAAUUCCAUAACAAUGGGAACAACUAAGCAGGCAGUUGCCAGCAAAAAGGAACGGAGAGGGUGUAGGGUCAGUGGUGCCUGUUAUACCGAUGCAUGAGUUCGGCACUCAACGGGGCGCUACUGUAGAUCCUCUGGAUACCGCUCAGGUAAAAAUCUCCGACUACUGUGCACGUGGGCGCACGUGCACCUAGAAUGGAAUGGCCAUGUGCAACACCUCUAGCAGUUUCGAAAGGUAUGAUGUUGAUUCAAAGAGUCCGAACCUAUCAAAGCAUGAUUUUUUGGGACAAGUGUUUUGUACAUUAGGAGAGAUAGUUGGAUCACAGGGAAGCAGACUGGAAAAGGCAAUUGCAGGAAUUCCAGGGAAGAAAUGUGGAACAAUCAUACUGACAGCAGAGGAGCUGAACUGUUGCAGGGAUUCUGUACUUAUGCAGUUUUGUGCAAACAAGUUAGACAAGAAGGACUUCUUUGGGAAAUCUGACCCUUUCCUAGUAUUUUAUCGAAGCAAUGAAGACGGCAGUUUUACGAUCAGUCACAAGACAGAAGUUGUAAAAAAUACAUUAAAUCCAGUGUGGCAGGCAUUCAAGAUCUCUGUCAGAGCACUGUGUAAUGGAGACUAUGACAGAACGAUUAAAAUAGAGGUGUAUGAUUGGGAUAGAGAUGGAAGUCAUGAUUUCAUUGGAGAAUUCACAACAAGUUAUAGGGAAUUGUCUAGAGGGCAAUCACAGUUCAAUGUAUAUGAGGUAAUAAAUCCAAAGAAAAAAGGAAAAAAGAAAAAGUAUAUUAAUUCUGGAACAGUAACAUUGCUUUCCUUCCUAAUUGAAACAGAAGUUUCAUUCCUUGACUAUAUUAAAGGCGGAACCCAAAUCAAUUUCACAGUGGCUAUUGAUUUCACAGCAUCAAAUGGUAACCCUGCACAGCCCACGUCACUCCACUAUAUGAACCCGUACCAACUGAAUGCUUAUGGCAUGGCACUGAAGGCAGUAGGUGAAAUCAUUCAAGAUUAUGAUAGUGACAAAAUGUUUCCUGCUCUAGGUUUUGGGGCUAAGCUGCCCCCAGAUGGAAGAGUAUCGCAUGAAUUUGCUUUGAAUGGAAAUCCUCAAAAUCCCUAUUGCAAUGGAAUUGAUGGUGUAAUGGAGGCAUAUUAUAGAAGUUUAAAAUCUGUACAGCUUUAUGGACCAACAAACUUUGCUCCAGUAAUUAAUCAUGUAGCAAGAUAUGCUUCCUCAGUAAAAGAUGGCUCCCAGUAUUUUGUUCUUCUCAUUAUUACAGAUGGGGUUAUUUCAGACAUGGCGCAAACAAAGGAAUCUAUAGUUAAUGCAUCAAAGCUUCCAAUGUCAAUAAUUAUAGUAGGAGUUGGACCAGCAGAGUUUGAUGCUAUGGAAGAAUUGGAUGGUGAUGUAGUCAGAAUCUCGUCAAGAGGAAAAUAUGCAGAAAGGGAUAUUGUACAGUUUGUGCCAUUCCGGGAUUACAUUGACAGAAGUGGAAACUAUAUAUUGAGCAUGGCCAGACUUGCUAAAGAUGUCUUAGCUGAGAUCCCAGACCAGUUUCUCUCUUACAUGAGGGUCAGAGGAAUCAAGCCAUCACCUGCACCACCUCCAUACACACCCCCUCUUCAUGUGUUACAGACUCAGAUAUGACUACUCCGAAAUGAUUAACAUUUACCACAAACCAUGUAGAGCUACUGAGUCAGUGCUUCAGUGCUGGUGCACUUCAAAGAACCAGUGAAUUGAGACUGUUGUCUAUCUGGAUGAAGUAGUAGCUUGUGAUAGGUUUUUGGAUCGAAACAAAUUCUCUUCAUAUACCAAAAUUCUCAAUAUGGUUGCAUGAGCAACUGAAAAGCUUUUAAACGCUAUUGUCUUCGAGUCUCAUUUUUUUUCCUGACUGAAAAAGCUACUUUUUCAUUUAUUUGUUGGGGGAAAGCACAAGUCACAGUUUCAACUCAGAAGAUAUUGUUCUCCCUGAUUACUGUGUGUAUAUACAUAUAUAGGAAUGCAAUUCCUCUGUAUCAAUGUUUACAUGUUGCUACUUUUUAAAUUUCAAUACUUUUAUAAAUAUUCUUAAGAAUAAGAGUUUGGAAUAUUGAAUCAUGUGUCUUCUAACUUGCAAUAGCUACAGCCACAGGAGAAGCAAUAUCUCUUUGAAUGAUUGUCCAGACAAAUACAAGCGCAAAACUAAAGAAAAAGAGGACAACUACAUUCAUAUUUCUCAAUAACUGAAUUGCUUCACGUAAGUGCUUAGUAGUCAGUUCAUCUGUCAAAAUUUAAAACAGUAUUUGAGUAUAAGAUCCGGUGAUGUGAAGACUAUAACUGUAUUUGACUUACUAAUAAAGCUAAGCAUAACUGUAUUUGACUUACUAAUAAAGCUAAGCCUCAGGAAGGGGGUUAUGUAUUUUUCAGAGAUACUCCAAUUUCUAAAUUUAUGUAAGUUUACAUUUUUUAAAAUAGGUUUUGCUGGCUGAAUAGAACAAUUGCAUACUAAACGUAACGAAAGAAGAAUUACCUCAAGUCCCAUAGCUGACUGACUUAACUUAGUAGAAUCAUCUCAUACUUUGCUUAAUAGCAUUUUGUGCAUCUUAAAGCUAUUUUCAAGUGAUUAUAACGGACAUUUUAUAAUGAACCGUUUUAACGCCCAUUUAAAAUGUAAAGUUGUCAUAUAUUGUCUAGAUUGCCCAUUCAAAGGGAUGCUGGCUCUUAAUAUUUGGAUUCAUUGUUGUCACCUAAUCACAUUGCUAUUUGAAGUGCACAGAUGCUAAUAUUUCAUGAAUUAACUGGUUUAAAAAUUGCACAGCCAUAUUGCUUUGUGCACAAUAGUUUUGUGUAUUUAAGUACCCAAAAUUUACUAUAUGCCUGUUCGUAUCUAAUUAUAAAAUGUUUUGCAUGUACAGUUUUUACAAGAAAUUCACAGUAUUGAGUAUGUUUGUCAAAGAUACAUUUUAUUUAGAAUAAAUGGCCUUAAAUCUCACAAAAUUCCUAGAAAUGAUUGUGAAUUGCCUUCAAAUUCUGUUAAGACUAAAAAAUGUUUUAUUUAUCAUUGUAACUACCUUGUAAUGUGACUUUGUUUUCUUUACAUAUAACUGGUUUAUUACUUUGUUUCUUAGUCCUAUAUGUUGUACAAUACAGUAUCAAGGUAAGGCACAUUUUUUAAGCAUGAACAAAGAUUUUUUGCUGAAAAACAUAUUUGCAGUGUCAAUGACAUAACUAUGUAAGAGCAGAAUCUUCCAUUUUGAAAUAUAUUAAAACUUGAAAUUAAUCUCACAUUGUAUAUUAUUUUUUUCAGAUAGCUAUUCUGUCAUGACAAGGACUUCUUUGUAAAAACAAAUAUUAACUUUAUUUCAAACCAGUUUUUACAUGAGAAUGAAGUUAAUUUUUUCACAAAAAUAUGAGAUUUUUAGUGGGCUUAUGUUGCGUGAAUGAAAUUUAAUAUCUGGCAACUACUGCUAUUAAGGAGAGAACUUCAUAUAGACUAUGCAUCAAUCUAUAUUGUGUUAUUUUCCCUUCUAUGCUGUGAAUUAAUUUUAAACAUUCCAUAAUUUCUUUAUAAGAUGUUUUUAAACAUUGCAUCAAUAAGCACUUCACAAGUAAUUAAAGCAAAUUAAUAUUA